UGAUUUAUUCCCGGGCAGUAUGAAUAUUUUCGAGGAUUAUCGUGAAGUGGAACAGGAAUGGUGGUGGAGAGAUUACAAUUAUGAUACUUACACGAGGAUGUUUGAGACUGCGAUGGUCUUUACUGAGGAGCUACUCGACCGCUCCUGAUAUCCGGUCGAUAACUGCGUCGCGGAGAGCCGGGCGGAAGAAAGUCGGGCCGUUGGCUGAGAAGGACGGGCAUCCGACUACGCCUGCGCGAACGCGAUUCGCUCCGUCGCCGACCGGAUUUGUUCAUCUCGGGUCAUUGCGGACUGCGUUGUAUAAUUUUUUACUGGCGAGAGCUACAGGUGGACAAUUUUUGCUGCGGAUUGAGGAUACGGAUCAGACGAGGAAGAAAGAUGGAGCUGAGGAUGAUAUUUAUGAAGCGUUGAGGUGGGCGGGUGUGGAGUGGGAUGAAGGGCCGGAGGUUGGAGGGGAGUGUGGGCCGUACAGGCAGAGCGAAAGGCUGGGGAUUUACAAGGAGUAUGCUGAGAAAUUGCUCGAGAGUGGACAUGCUUACCGCUGCUUCUGUACCAAAGACCGGUUGGAUAAACUGCGAGAUUCGGCACAGAAGAUGAAACCGCCCUCCAUGGCAACAUACGACCGUUACUGCUACCACAUCGAUCACGAGACAUCAGCUGCGAAAGCCGCGUCGAACGAACCCUUCACAAUCCGCCUAAAGGCUCCGGAAAGCUACCCGGUCAUGAAGGACCUCCUACACGGCGAGCUCGACCUGCAAGUCCAGUCAAACUACUCGGACCCGCGAUAUGACGAUCCAGUUCUGUUCAAGACCGACGGAUUUCCCACUUACCACCUCGCCAACGUGGUGGACGAUCAUCUGAUGCGGAUCACCCACGUCAUUCGGGGCGAAGAGUGGCUGCCUUCCACGCCGAAACAUCUAGCACUUUAUAAUGCGUUUGGCUGGACGCCUCCGGAGUUCAUCCAUAUCCCACUACUCACAUCGCUUGAAGACAAAAAGCUCAGCAAGCGGACUGGCGAUGUGGGAAUCAAGGCGUACAAAGAGAAUGGAAUCCUACCAGAGGCGCUGGUGAAUUUUGUCGCGUUGUAUGGCUGGUCACCGCCGCUAGGGGCGCAAGAGAACGGGACGAACAAGAAGAAGAAGCGGGAGGCGACUGCUAUGGGCGAAAUAAUGACGAUGAAGGAUCUGAUUGCAAAUUUCAAUCUGAACGGGUUGACAAAGGGAAACGCCAAAGUCUCUGAAUCAAAGCUUGAGUUUUUUAAUAGCUACUUUUUGCGCACGCGGAUUGAAGAUCCUGAAAAGCGGCGGGAAUUAGCCCUGGAGAUUCAGCCGGCUCUCAUCUCGAAGUUUUCGGAUAUUUCCACCAAGAAACAGCACAAGCACAAAUUUGAAGUCGAGUACAUUGAAAAGGUACUUACCGUCUUCAAAGGCUCGCUCAAAACACUUCCUGAACUUCCGAACGUCGCGUCCUAUGCAUUCACAGACCUACCAAGCUACGGAAGCAAAGAAGGCAUGGACUACAUUUCCGACCUUUCAAUCACACGAGAAGGUGACGACGCGGUCAAAUUUUUGCAGGAGUUUGCAGUCUGGUGGACCCGUGCUGAAAAUGUGCCCUCGGUUGAGGAGAUUGAUGCGAAAAUCAAGUUCUUCGCCAGAGAAUCUGGGUAUAAACCGACGACGGUGUUCCACGCGCUGAGAUUCGCUAUCGCGGGAAGCGUUCCUGGAGCGCCUUUGCCUCUGUUGGUGGACUUGUUGGACCCAGAUACUGUUACUAUCCGCAUUGUUAAUGCGCUGAGAAUAUUGAAAUUGUAAAUAGGAGCUACGAUUGUGUAUAUAUAGAAGGAUUUUAAUAGUAAUAAUGAAGCCUACUGGCUCUUGAUAUUCAAAAUGAUACAAAA